AAACUCUCCUGGAUGACUUCCUUCUCACGUACACAGUCUUCAUGACAACUGAUGACUUGUGCCAGGCACUUCUGAGGCACUAUUGUGCUAAGAACCACCAAGGGAAAGAAGACGACUCUGAUGUGUCCUGUAGGAAGCGAAAAGUCUUGCAUUUGGUGUCUCAGUGGACUUCUCUCUACAAAGACUGGUUGCAUGAAGAUGAGCAUUUAAAACAAUUUUUAAAGACGAUAUACCGGAAUGUGCUAGAUGAUGUGUAUGAAUAUCCCAUUCUUGAGAAGGACCUGAAAGAAUUUCAGAAGAUACUUGGGAUGCAUCGUCGUCACACUGUAGACGAGUAUUCACCUCACCGAAAGAAUAAAACCUUUUUCCAUCAGUUCAGUCUAAAGGAGAACUGGCUGCAGCAUAGAGGAACCAUGAGUGACACAGAAGAAAUUUUCUGCCGUGUGUAUAUAACAGAGCACUCCUAUGUCAGUGUGAAAGCUCAAGUAUCCACUUCAGCUCAGGAGAUACUGAAGAUAGUAGCAGAGAAGAUCCAGUACCCAGAGGAGGAGUUGGCGCUGGUGACAGUCACGUUCUCUGGCGAAAAACAUGAACUACAACCCAAUGACUUGGCUAUCUCAAAAUCUUUUGAGUCAUCCAGUCGUAUGUUUGUCUGCCGAAAAGAUCUGACUGAUUCUUUGAACCCAUUUGCUGAAAAUGAGGAAUUGCAGCAAAGGUCUGUGAGAAUUUUGGGAAUCAACACCUGGGAUCUUGCCUUAGAACUAACAAACUUUGACUGGAGCCUCUUCAAUGCAAUUCAUGAGCAAGAGCUGAUAUACUUCACAUUCAGCAGACAGGGCAGUGCUGAAAACACGGAAAAUCUCAGUCUUCUGCUUCAAAGAUGCAACGAGGUUCAACUUUGGGUUGCCACCGAGAUACUCCUCUGCAGCCAGCUCUGCAAACGUGUACAACUAGUCAAAAAGUUCAUCAAAAUUGCUGCCCACUGUAAAGCCCAAAGAAAUCUCAAUUCUUUCUUUGCUAUUGUUAUGGGUCUCAACACUGCAUCUGUCAGCCGGCUGUCUCAGACCUGGGAGAAAAUUCCUGGGAAGUUCAAGAAACUUUUCACUGAACUUGAAAGUCUGACGGACCCUUCUCUGAAUCACAAAGCUUACAGAGAUGCAUUCAAGAAAAUGAAAUCUCCGAAAAUCCCUUUCAUGCCCUUACUUCUGAAAGAUGUAACAUUCAUCCAUGAAGGAAAUAAAACUUUUCUGGAUAACCUUGUUAAUUUUGAAAAACUGCACAUGAUUGCAGAUACUGUUCGGUCAUUGAGACAUUGCAGAAACAACCAGUUUG